AUUUGUUAUAAAAAAGGAAAAAGAGAGAAUAGAAAGAAAAGAGAGAAUAUAGUGUAGGAUGAAAUUUUCAGAAAGAUUAUAAAAAAUCAAAACAAUUGAAUUAUUGGAAUCUAUUCGCCCAUCUCUAUCCGGAAGCCAUGGGAGCUCUCUCCGAGUUCUUCUCCCACCUCCACACAAUGACCGCAGUCUUCUUCACCCUUUUACUUCUCGAAUUCGUUAUUCUCAUUCGUACCAUCUUCGGCUUGAGACCUAACGCCGACAAGCGCGUAGUCACGACGGCGCAGUUUUUGAAACUCAUCGAGGAGAAGAAUCCCACGAUUCGAUUCUCCAAUAAGCUCACCUCCAGUAUUGCCGAUCAGUGUGCCGUUUGCCUCUCUGAAUUUGAGGAAGGGGAGAAGGUACGGAAAUUGCAAUGUAACCACACUUUUCACAAGGAUUGCCUCGAUAAUUGGUUGAAACUCUGUUUCGCUACCUGUCCGCUUUGCCGGAGUAAGGUUUUGCCGGACGAUAUUGUCGCCGGCUACCACAGGCUGCGAGACCGUGUGGAGUACGACGGCAGUGACGAGGAGCUCAUCUUUUUGUUAUCGGCAUUACAUGGUGUUGAACUCAUUUUCAUGUAUCUCCUUCAAUCAUAAAAGAAAGGGAAAAAAAAAGAGAUUGAAAUAUACUCGGUGCAUCCCAGGUUGCACUUGUCUUUGUAUAGCUUAUCCAAGUGCUCCAUGAUGGAAUAUGUUACAUAUAGUUGUUGCCAUUUCUUGACCAUGGAGUAUAUUGUUGAAAGUUAAAAAUGAGGCUCCAUUGAGAUCACGAGUUUGUAAAAUGCAAUUGAUUCCUUUGGGAAAGAGUAAUAUUUAGAUGUAAGUGUUGCACUCAUUUUCAUGUAUAUCUUUCAAUCACAGAAAAAAAAAUAAAAAAAAGAUUGAAACAUACUUGAUG